CACGCCAACAUGUCUCUCAACGACCGACUGGCCAAGAUCCGCUCCUCACCGCGGCUGCAGAACCAGCAGCAGACCGCCGUGGUUCUCUCCGCCGUCGAGGAUACCCUGCGCGAGCAAAAAAAAGAAUUGAACCCGACAGGAUAUUUCUCCGCAUUACUAGCUCUACUCGUCCAGCAGAUAUCCUCGGACCGUGGCAUAGUCAACAAGGAUGUCGCCUCCGCUGUCGUAUACCUCCUCGACCUCGUCACACCCCACGCUCCCCCGCCUCUUCUUCGCUCCAAAUUCUCCGAGAUCCUCACGAGUCUUGCGCCUGCCUUGACACACCCAGAAGCUGAGGCCCCACUCCUGAGGUCCUCGAUAGGGUGCUUGGAGUCUCUACUAGUCAUACAAGAUGCGCAAGCUUGGGCGCUGCCACAAACACAAAUCAGCCCUCGGCGAGCUGUCGCGGGGCUGCUCACUAUUGCUGUGGACCACCGGCCGAAGGUACGGAAGCGGGCUCAGGAUGCGCUUGCGAAAGUCCUCCAGAACCCCCCCCCGAGUCCGUCGUUAGAUCACCCGGCUGCCGACAUGUGCGCAGAGUCGGCGCUGAAGUCGCUCAAAGACAUUGCCGAUGCCGCGGGGAAAACCAAAAAGCACAAAGCACACAAGGAUGGCCAGCAUGAGCCGGGGCUUAUACACGCGCUUCAGCUGAUCAAGACGAUUGCAACAGCAUCUGGUGGAUGGCCAAGCCGGAAGAUCGAUGCGCUUUGCGAAUUGCUUCUAAACAUAUCCAAGUCGAGCAACGAGUAUCUCACAAUGACAGCUUUCGAGAUAUUUGAGGUCAUAUUUGAGGGCAUGGCCGACGAAGUGUCCUCCGUGAAGCUUCCUCGACUUCUAGAGGUCAUCUCCGAGCUUCAGCCCGCGAAGACAGACUCCCAGUUGCUUCCUCCAUGGAUCGCCGUUCUUUCCCGAGGCUACGACGUCUCUGCACAAGUGCUCCCUGACGAGACUUUCCAAAAGCUUCCUGGCUUGUUUGUUAUGAUAUCCAGUUUCCUUAGCUCUCCCUCUCAUAAUAUUCGUGUUUCUGCGUCCGAGUGUCUUGUGUCUUUCAUGGCAAAUUGUAUACCCGACAGCGUUCUGUUAGAUCCUUCGAUCUUUGACGAGAAGACCCUGGAGAAACUUGCCAAGUGCGCUCAGGAUUUGCUAAGUGUCAAAUUCCAAGCUGCGUGGAUGGAGGUCUUCAACGUCCUAGGCGCCAUGUUUGAUGCUCUGCGAUGGGUUUCUGCGCCGCUACUCUCUGGAAUAGUCAAAUCUAUCGGCGAGUUACGUGGGAACGAGUCAUUUACGGGGAAGAAAGAAGCGGAUGCCGUCUUGUCCAAGGCCAUACGUGCCAUGGGCCCAGAUAAUGUUCUCGACAUUCUACCUCUCAACCUCCCGAAGCCAACUCCUGGAAACCCAGGGCGGGUCUGGCUGUUGCCGAUUCUGAGAGACUCUGUCAGUAAUACUCGACUGGCACAUUUUAGGUCGACCUUGGUGCCGGUCAGCGAGGCGAUGUUCCAGAUUGUCUUGACUCAUGGAGACAAGGAGAAGACCGUCGAGAUAAAGGUUUUCGAGACAGUUGUGCAACAGAUCUGGUCGAUCUUACCUGGCUACUGUGACUUGCCACUUGAUCUUGUAGACGCGUUUGACCAAACUUUUGCGGAGCAAUUAGCGAACCUUCUUUACGGUCAGGCUGAGCUUCGUACCGACUUGUGCCGGGCAUUGCAGAAUCUUGUGGAUACCAACAAAUCCAUCGUGGAGUUAGAAGGCGACGACGACCUCGUGGCACAGUCAAGAAUCUCAAAAGCCGACGCACAAAAGAAUAUUGGACACUUAGCGAGCUUCGCGGGCAAUCUCCUUGCUGUUCUUUUCAAUGUUUACAGCCAAACUCUGCCACAGUAUCGUGGAAUAAUCCUUAGAUGUAUCAACGCUUACUUGAGCAUCAUACCUCAAGAGGAACUUAUGGAAACCUUCAAUCGAGUCGUCACUAACCUGGAGUCAUCCCUUGCCGAGGGAGGCUCGCAGACACAAGCUGAUAAGCAGAAACAAGAGAAGAGUAAAGAUAAGAUGCCUCCGAUGAGCCAUACUCUCAUGGACCUUGUCAUCACGAUUUCUAUCUACCUACCUCGCGACAGCUUCCCUUCCCUUUUUCAAAUAGCAGCGGUAAUUGUCAACAAAAAGGAUGACCCUCAGCUGCAAAAGAAGGCAUAUAAGCUCAUACCCCGCCUAGCGGAAUCUACGCUUGGAAAAGCCGCAUUAGAGGAACGGAAUGCUGAGUUACAACAGCUGCUAAUCAACAGCGCUGAGCAAGCUUCAGCUCCCUCUCGCCGGGAUCGUCUCGGCGCUAUCGCUCAGAUCAUCGAGUUCAUCCCCCGUAACGACCUCCACUUUAUCGCCGCCGUUCUUCCCGAAGUCGUCAUUUCCGCCAAAGAAGUAAACGAAAAAGCCCGCACCGCCGCCUUCGACCUCCUCGUCGCCAUGGGCGAGAAAAUGGAUCUCGGAGGCACAGUCAUCACUUCAAAAGCCCCCAACAUGCCCUCCGACGCGCCGUCUGUUGAGGCCAGCCUGGAAGAAUACUUCACCAUGGUCUCAGCAGGUCUGGCAGGUGACUCAGCGCACAUGAUCUCCGCCGCCAUCACGGCCGUCACGCGCAUCCUCUACGAGUUCCGCACGCGCAUCUCCCAAGAAACCAUGAGCAACCUCCUCGAAGUCAUGGACAUGUUCCUGCAGAACCCGAACCGCGAAAUCGUCCGCUCCGUCCUCGGCUUCGUCAAAGUCGCCGUCAUCUCGCUGCCCGAAGCGCUUGUGCUCCCGCGCCUCAAAGCCCUCGUGCCCAACCUCAUGGUCUGGUCCCACGAGCACAAGGCCCAGUUCAAAGCGAAGGUCAAGCACAUCCUCGAGCGCAUGAUCCGCCGCUUCGGCGUCGACGCCGUCGAGAAGGCCUGCCCGGAGGAGGACAAGAAGCUCAUUAGCAACAUCCGCAAGACACGGGAUCGGCGGAAGCGCAGGAAGGACACUGGCGGCGACGAUGCCGCCGACGAGGACGCCGCCAACAAGCCUCAACGCAAGGGCAAGUUCGAAAGCGAGUUCGACGAGGCGGUCUACGGCUCCGACGACGACGAUAAUGGCAGCGACGUCAGCGACGAGGAGGUCAUGGGCGGCCGCGCCGGCGGCGGGAAGCGGCGCGAGAAGCAGGGCCGCUCGUACAUCAUCGAGGACGACGACGAGCCGUUGGACUUGCUGUCGAAGCGCGCGCUGGGGAACAUCUCGUCGACGAAGCCCGCGAAGGCGCGGGUGGUGCCGGCGACGAAGACGAAGGUGCGCAGGAACGAGGACGGCAAGCUCAUCCUCGGCGGGCCGGACGCAUCGGACGACGAGGGGGACGGCGAUGGCGAUGUCGUGAUGAUGGAGAAGAAUCCCGGGGAUGGCUCGCUCGAGGGCGGGAUCAACGCGUAUGUGGAUGCGAUUCGGGGACGGGACGCGGCGCAGAGGGGUAGAGGUGGGAAGCUGAAGUUUAGUAAUCGGCGGCAGAAGGGGGGUGAGGACGGGGAUGAGAUGGAUAUCGAUGAUGAGGAGAAGACGCAGGUGGCGCAGAAAAUCAAGGAGAAGACCAGGGAGGGGAGUGCACGCGGGCGGGGCGGGUUCAAGACGCAGCGGAGGGGCCUGGGCGUACAGAAAACGAGGGGCGGGAGGGUGGAUAAGGGAGCCAGAGGAGGUGGGAGGGGGAGGGGUGGGUCGGGAAGGUGGAUUGGGCCGAAGGCUUAG